GCUGAAGAUAAAAUUAGAAAAGAAAUUGCUAUAAUGAAGAAAUGUCGUCACCCGAACGUUGUUAAAUUGAAAGAAGUUUUAGAUGAUUCUAAUUCAAGAAAGAUUUACCUAGUUUUAGAAUAUUUGGAAAAAGGUGAAAUCAAGUGGAGAAAAUCUCCAGGUGAACCUGCUCUUACUUUACCAGAGACAUUAUCUGCCUUGAGAGAUGUUGUUUUAGGAUUAGAAUAUCUGCAUUAUCAAGGUAUCAUUCAUAGAGAUAUCAAACCAGCUAAUUUGUUGGUUUGUGCUGAUAAUUCUGUCAAAAUUUCAGAUUUUGGUGUUUCAUUUGCAGCUUCAUUAAAUGGUGAUCCUCAAAAUGAACUUGAUCUGUGUAAAAGUGCUGGUACUCCUGCUUUUUUUGCUCCAGAAUUAUGUCAACCAAUCACAAGUAAUAUGAAAGAAAGACCAAAGAUAACACACAAGAUUGAUGUUUGGGCUUUAGGUGUUACAUUAUAUUGUUUAUUAUUUGGAGAUUUACCCUUU